UCUUCUUCUUGUUGCUCCCAAUCAUUUUUCGCCCCAUCUUCCUUCUUCUUCAACUUCAGCAUGUCAGUUACUUUCUCUUUUUGAAUCUAACGGUGACUCAACCGCGCUCUCAAUCUUCUUCAUCACAAUGAAGUCUCACAGUCUUCUCUCACUCUUUCUCUCCCUCUUAAUUUUCUCUCUCUCUUUCACUCCCCUCCUCGCCUCCGAUUCCCACUUCGAAGGCUUCGACGCCGAAGAUGACGUCGUAGAGGAUGAGCCUGUCGACCUCGACUCGCUCCACCGAGUCACCGAUCUCCCCCUGACUCAGUCCGAGUCCACCUCAUCUCCACCCAUCACCACCACCACCACCACAACCACAACCAAUCUCGAUUCCCCAGAUCCCCAAUCGGAUCCGGAUCCGAAUCCAAACCCUAACCCGACUCCCACAUCUUCGGAUCCUCAAUUGAAGCCCUCGGCUCCAACGACGUCGUUUGAUUACUGGGACGAAGAUGAGUUCGAAGGCUUACCCGUUCAUCAACAACCCCAAUUGGAAACCCCAGCAGUUACUGAAUCUGCUGCGAGUACGGAUCAAACACCAGAUACCAAAAUGACUGAAGAAGCUAAAAACGUCGCCGUUUUGAAGAAGAAUUCGUACACGGUGGAGAUCGUUUGUGUGACGUUUUUGAUCAUGUUUAUAAUUAAUUACUUCACAGGAAAACGGGAGAAUGAGAAUCUUGCUCUGGCGUGGGCGACGAAAUUUGCCACGAAAAAUUCGAUUUUCGAGAAAAAUUUUAGUCUAUUAGGUGUGGGAGAAGGAGAUGACUCGCCUUUGUUGUUGAAAGAGGGGCAAAAUGUGUUUAAAUUUUACGCGAGCGGGAGGAGGUAUUGUUCGGGGUUGUUGGCGACGAUGGAGUUGAAGGGCCGGCACGAUUUGAUAUCGAGAUUUUAUAAUUUGGUGGUGCCGUGUAAGGAUGAGAUUACUUUUGAGGUUUAUAUGAAUGAUGACUCCAUGGAUCAUGUGGUGUUUGCGAUGGCGAAGAAGAAGACGGCAAAAACCAUGCAGAAGGAGGUUAGGGACUUGAAUAAGUUUGCAGGAUUGAUAACAGCGCCGCCGGCACCGAAGAAAUGGGUGGUGGAGGAUUUGGGGGUUGUUUCAGAGAGCAGGGAGGUUGCUGGGGAUUUGAUCACCGAGGCGGUGCUCGAUCAGGUUUUUGGCGACAAAGCUUUUGAAAAAUACGGGAAGGGUUUCAUUUCAAUGCAUUUUUCUGAUCAACACCCUGGCACACAUAGGAAGAUGCUGUUAUUUAAAUUUGCCCUUCCUGAUGCCAACAACAUUGGUGAUAUGAGCCGGUUGGUGGCCCUUGUACCCUAUUACAUUGAUCUAAUUGGACGAUACAAGCUCAGCCCACAGGCUCGAUCCAAAACAGAAGCAGCCAGACAGAAGGCUGCCCAAGAGGCAUAUAAAGAACUUCAGAAUGCUAGGCAAGAAGCCUUGCAGAAAAAGAAGGCAGAAAGGAGAAAGAUGGUGGAGGAGGCUGAGGCAAAGCUCAGUGCUGAGGCUAUUCGCAGGAAGGAUGCAAAAGAACGUGCUCGUCAAAUGAAGAAAGGAAUGCCUAGGGUAAAGAUGACACGAGCUCACUAGAUGAUUUCUCCUGUGUCAAAUGAAGAUAGCAAAUCUAGGAUAAAAGAUAUAACCUGGGCUUACUCCACAAUUUCAAGUUCUGUUACGCAGCAUUCUGGAAUUCGCCUUCUGGUUUAUUUCUUGAUUGCCCUCUGACAUUGUAGUUGGCUACCCAGCCUUACAUAGGAUUUUGGCCUUUUUGUAUCCUAUGGCUGUGAACUUCGGCUCCUUGUAUCAGCUAGUCUCCAACACUACCACAUCAUUGUGGGUUUUGAAAGGCACCAAAAUUGGAUGCUUUAAAAACCAUUAAAAAGAUUAUCUUGAAUGACUCUUUUUACAUCAUUUUGGAGCAUGUUUGAA